CAAUCCAUUCUGUGUUACACCUAGUUACAACUUUUGGGCACCCUGGAUCGGGAGUAAGACUCAUAUAGCGAAUGUUGUUCUCAACACUGAAUUUGAGAAAGUGCACAAAGCAAAAACUGCAGAACGAACAGAAAUAACUGUCUCUGAAGAUCGCUUAAAGGACAAACUUUCAAAACAGAAAGUGGGAGUGAUAAGAAGACUGUGUCAAGAGUGUGGUUUAGAUGCCAAAGGCUCUCGCACAGAUCUACUCCUGCGACUUUCGGAGGAGAUGAGGUCAAGGGAGGCCUAUGACAAGGUUUUUGAAAAGAUUUGGGCUGCUUCAGAAAAUCCAUCCUCCACAGAGAAAUGCAUGGACAUGUCACUUGGACCACUGACAGCACUGCCAGAAAAUAUUGUGACUUUACAAACGACCGCUGCAUCACCAGGCAUAACAUCAGUCACAUCUUCUCUGUCAUCAGUACCAAUUACAGAAAAAACAGCUUGUGAACCUACCACUCUUCUGAAUUUUUUUGAACCAACUAAGCCUUGGGAGAGGGACUGGCAUCCAUUACAAGAGAAACUGCUUGAUUAUGUGCUGGACCGAAAUCGCCCUGGCAGUGAAAUAAUUGUGAAGGAGGGGCAAGUGUGCCUUAUUCGAGAAGAAUUUUGGAGCCUUGGAUUGUUGAGGGACAUGGACUCCCAUAUUGGAAACGCCUGCAUGAAGCUUAUUUGUGAAAUGGCUCGACAAAUUGGCAAGGACAUAUACAUUGAGGACUUUUAUGUUGUCCCUGUGUGGAAAGAAACUCCUAACAACAUUGUUACUGGAUUACCGGAAGAUGCAGACUUGAAAAACCUGUUAGCCUUUCCAGCAUGGACAAAUGCCAAUGGACCAGACCGCUUUGUUGUCUGUGUAAGAAAAUAUUGAAAUGUCUAGUGCAUACAUUAAUUGGUAUUGCAAUGUGUGUGUUUCUAAAAUAAAACACUGAAAAAUCUUGGAAGAAGCAAUAAUGUUCAAAUGAAAUAUUUUUACACCUUUAACAUUAUAGAUAAUGAUGCCGCUUCGAAGAGAGAUGGUGUUUUUAGACUCUCUGUACGCAGAGCAUGAAUCAGGAUUUGGAGAUGAGGAAUACAGGGCAAUUUUUAGGUCUAUCAAUAAACUAAGACGUUUCAGCCUUUAUGUGAUAUAUGGCUACG